AUGAUGCAGCGAACUGGAAUGAAGCGAGCAGGGAGCUUUGUGGUGAAAGCUCGGUUUACGAGAACCCCUAGAAAUGGGAUGAGGGAAUAUCAGAUAGGGUUUGGUACAGCAGAUGGCGCUGGCGUGAAUGGGAAAGGAAGGGUUACGUACCUUCUUCCUGACAUUCACCCUAAUUUCCAUUGCCGGUCGCUCUACUUUCCCUUUCCCGCGGCCCUCGCUUCCCCUCCCAUCGCCCUCCGCAUCGCCCACGCGCUCCCUGCGUCGCCCUCGCUUCGCCUCCCCGUUGCCCUCGCUUCUCAUUCCAUCGCCCUCCCCGUCGCCCUCGCUUCUCAUUCCAUCGCCUUCCCCGUCGCCCUCGGUUCUCAUUCCAUCGCCUUCCCCGUCGCCCUCGCUUCUCAUUCCAUCGCCUUCCCCGUCGCCCUCGCUUCUCAUUCCAUCGCCUUCCCCGUCGCCCUCGCUUCUCAUUCCAUCGCCUUCCCCGUCGCCCUCGCUUCUCAUUCCAUCGCCUUCCCCGUCGCCCUCGCUUCUCAUUCCAUCGCCUUCCCCGUCGCCCUCGCUUCACAUUCCAUCGCCUUCCCCGUCGCCCUCGCUUCUCAUUCCAUCGCCUUCCCCGUCGCCCUCGCUUCUCAUUCCAUCGCCCUCCCCGUCGCCCUCGGUUCUCAUUCCAUCGCCUUCCCCGUCGCCCUCGCUUCUCAUUCCAUCGCCCUCCCCGUCGCCCUCGCUUCUCAUUCCAUUGCCUUCCCCGUCGCCCUCGCUUCUCAUUCCAUCGCCCUCCCCGUCGCCCUCGCUUCUCAUUCCAUCGCCUUCCCCGUCGCCCUCGCUUCUCAUUCCAUCGCCUUCCCCGUCGCCCUCGCUUCUCAUUCCAUCGCCUUCCCCGUCGCCCUCGCUUCUCAUUCCAUCGCCCUCCCCGUCGCCCUCGGUUCUCAUUCCAUCGCCUUCCCCGUCGCCCUCGCUUCUCAUUCCAUCGCCUUCCCCGUCCUCCUCACUUCCCCUGCCCGUCGUCGCUCCCCGUCGCCCUCGCAUCCCCCUGCUGUCGCCCUCGCAUCCCCCUGCUGUCGCCCUCGCAUCCCCCUGCUGUCGCCCUCGCUUCUCCGCCCAUCGCCUUCCCCGUCGCCCUCACUUCCCCUGCCCGUCUUCCUUGCUUCCCCUGCCUGUCGCCCCACUUUCCCCUCUCGGUCGCCCACGCUUCCCAUCUCAAUGCCUUCCCCGUCGCCCACGCUUCCCCUCACAUCACCACAUACCUCUAUACACUUAACCACGUACCUCUGCCUUUCACUCGUUCAAACACCCGCCCUACAUCCCCCCAUCUUCCGGCCUCCCUUCUUCUUGAUCUACCCUCCGACUUACUCCCCUGUCUACCUCGCCCCAUCUCUCUCCAUCUCCUGA